UUCUAUUCUCCUUCUUAGCAAAGCUAUAUUAACUGAACCACAAAAAUAACACGGAAAGGAGCAAGCCAAAUAGAAAAAGAACGUCAGACUAUCUUUAACCAUGAAGACUUGCAUUUCAUUAGUGUGUGUGUUUUCAAUGAUAAACAAAUGUUUGGCCUUAGACUUUCUGUGUAAUUUCGAAGACCAUGACUGUGGUUUAAUUAAUACUAACGCAGACGCUAAAUGGGUGAGAAAAUAUGACAACAUAGGAGAACGUCGAGGAUUUUUCUUGGUUGUUGACGCUGUAGAAUCUAACAAUAAUGUGGCUACAGUAAAGACGCCAUAUUUUAGUUCGAAUGAGGUCGCUAGAGGGUGCUUGUCUGUUGACUACUACAUAAAUGGUGUGGGGGCUUACGAAUUGAGAAUAGACGGAGAAGAUUUUUAUAGAUUUAACAUCAAAUCAGUAUCUGAAAGUUAUAUCUAUUGGCGAAGUGCUCAAAUAGAUAUUGAUUUAAGUUUUCAAGAUAUCAAGUUUUACUUCAUAGCAAAGACGAACAAUAUUGGACGUGGAACUAUAGCAAUUGACAACAUUGGUUUCAAGAGAAGAGCCUGUAGUGUGCCAUAAAACUGUUCACCUACUAUGCCUGGGUUGACUGGGAAUAUAAGCAUGAUAGUUUUUCAGCAUUGCUUAAGUGAUAUACUGAAGAACAGAUGACACUGGAAAUGAAUGUUCUUUCUAUUACAAUAAGAAUUUUUUGUCUCUUAAUUUUUUCCACAAAGAGUAAAUCUCAUAUAUAAAAUAUUCAUCUUGCACCUCUUUAAG